AUGUCAGCACCUAAACCUCCGAUCGCGCUCAAGAACCAUUGCUCGAUCAUCCAUAAUGGGAUCGUCUACGUUUAUUCGCCUGAGGCUUUCCAGUCGCUCGAACUGAAAGAAGGAAGAGAGUGGAAAGAAGAAAGCAACGGAGUGUCAGUGACCGGGGCGGUUUGCGUCAAGGGUGGUGUGGACGGAGACAACUCAAGACCAGCGCUAUAUGUUGUCGGCGGCGCCGCGAACGCAUCGUCUUCCAACUAUCCAGGCUUACAGCGUUACUCAAUCUUGGACAAAUCCUGGGCAACCAUCACGCCCGUCGUCCCUGUCACUCAACAUCGCCAGAACCAUGGAGCUGCCUACCUGAAUGCAUCGUCAUCACUAUUGGUGUAUGGAGGGUCCCAAGAUGGCUACACAGGGCCCUCCUCUGAGACGUUUCUUCUCGAGAUGUUUCCGCCAUAUCGGGUGUUGGCAUAUAGCUCAAUUGCGCCUCCAACAGUGAAGCCGUUCGUGCUUCCAUGGACAGAAGAUCGCGCUUUGAUGGUCGGCGGAAGCACUACAAAUGUGAACAUCUUUACUUUUGGCCCUUCCGACGGAUGGCAAGACCUUGGUCUGUCACUGCCGGCUUCGCUUCCUGAUCCUUCUGUCGCGCAAUGCGCGCUGCUUUCGUUGGACGACAACAGCAAGAUCCUUCAGACUUUCGAUCUGGGCCAGUCUCCGCCCACAGUUACCUCAGACGUCCUCCUGAAUCCGGGUGGCCUUCCUGCCGCUUACAACGAAACAGUGGGAGGGCUGGUUUCAACCGCAAGUUCCACAGCCACUCCGAACUCCUCCUCGAGAUCAAAAAGGGCGAUAUAUCUGAACAGUUAUCCGACAUAUAACAGCAGUCUCGGGCCGUCAACCAAGCGGACGGGUUUCGACCUGGCGCAAGACAACGACGGACUGGUGGCGUUCAUCGGUGGUAACGACAACGAUCCGCUAGUCUUCUUCAAUCAGACCGCAAAUAGCUGGGUCCCACCCACUCAACUACUCGGGACUCAGGAAAUCCCAUCGACCACUCCCUCAAGCAGGCAGCCAUCGGCAAGUGCAAGUGCCACUUCGACCAGUAUUGCAGCCAAAUCAGGGUCAUCUAACAAGACCCGGUGGCCGACGAUCUUGGGUGCCGUACUUGGGAGCAUCUGCGGGGUGGCGGCAAUUCUCAUUAUUCUCCUGCUCUGGAUGAGAGCAGUUCGCAAGAAGAGAGCGCGGAAAGAAAAGCAAACCGAGUAUGCCGAUGGCAAGCGCAGAAGUGGUGAAUACCCCCACGAAGAAAACGGGCUACAUCCCCUUUCGAAGGCUGGACAACCCAUGGGAAGAAGCCCGGUGCCUUCUACGGUCAUAACCGAGGCGGACAGUACAGCUAUGUUUGGUGGCAGACCAGACCCCAAACAUCUGAUCCGGCGGGUCUCUUCCGAUCGAGCUCUACCCGGGUCCCGCGCCUCUAGUAUGGGCCUUGGACAGUCGCUUUUCAAGCGUGAGCGGGAAAAGGGGUCACUGACCAUCUCCAAACCGAUGAUGCCUGAUCUGGGCGACUACGAAGAAAGGCCCAGCAUUGAAUUGGGUAAGGCGACCCCCGCCUACCUAGUAGCUGCGAAGCCAGCUCCUGCGCGCAAAGCAUCUCAACGCAAGACUAACGAUGGCUGGGGGAGUUAUUUCCACGGCGAGCCCGUCCCCGAGAGCCGAACGACGUUUUUCUCCCGGGGCUCAGGUGGUACAAAUCUUACCAAGAGCGAGUUUUGGCCCGGUUCAGGGGUGCCCGAGAGCUCGACACGGUCACCGAAGAUCAUUUUGCGAGACAGCGCUGGCAAUCGGCUGGAAGCACAGAGCGUUGCUGCGGGAAGUCCCAGUUUGAAACAUGGGCCUCCCCAUUCGCAAAGUCGAGGAUUUCAGGCACAAGUGUCGAGAGCGACAUCGGUGGCGACUACAGACACUAAUGAUGACAACGAGUAUGAAGACGAGCAAUAUGAGGGAGCCUUUUCCAGUGGAGUUCCGGCCAGCGUUCAUGACACGGCUUGGACCCCGGUAGGCAAUACUUGGUCGGGUCCAGCUCAACGUCCGCUGAACCCCCCAAGCAGUUAUCUGGCGGCCCAGGAAGCUGCAGAUCCUUUGCCAACCUCGGCGUCAAACGAGACGAGCGACAGCUCAGGAACGCAAAACUCGUCGAUACCCCCCUUCCCCAUGCCGAAUUCGAUACGGUCGAUACAGCCCAGUGGAGGACGGCGACCAUCAAUCGGGCCUGAUACGCGACAAGACGAGGCUGGCGACUAUUUCAGCCACGUACGAGUACGAAGCCGCACGCCGGACAACACGGACAUGUCGUGGAUAAAUCUUGGGACUCAAGCCCGGUGA